UGGGAGGAAAAGAUGUUUGGCUUUCACAAACCGAAGAUGUAUCGGAGUAUAGAAGGCUGCUGUAUUUGCAGAGCUAAGUCAUCCAGUUCUCGUUUCACUGACAGCAAACGUUAUGAAAAGGAUUUCCAGAAUUGUUUUGGGCUUCAUGAGGCCCGCUCAGGAGAUAUUUGCAAUGCCUGUGUCCUUUUGGUGAAAAGAUGGAAAAAAUUGCCAGCAGGAUCAAAAAAAAACUGGAAUCAUGUUGUAGAUGCCAGGGCUGGACCCAGUCUUAAAACAACAUUGAAACCAAAGAAAAUGAAAACUCUCUCUGGAAGCAGAAUAAAGAGCAAUCAAAUCAGCAAACUGCAAAAGGAAUUCAAGCGACACAAUUCUGAUGCCCAUAGCACCACUUCAAGUGCCUCUCCAGCUCAGUCACCCUGUUACAGUAACCAGUCUGACGAUGGCUCUGACACAGAAAUGAACGCUGGGUCCAGCAGAACACCAGUUUUCUCCUUUUUAGAUCUCACAUAUUGGAAAAGGCAAAAGGUCUGCUGUGGAAUUAUUUACAAAGGGCGUUUUGGGGAAGUCCUCAUAGACACUCAUCUCUUCAAGCCUUGCUGUAGCAAUAAGAAGUCUGCCACUGAAAAGCCAGAACAAGAAGGACCACAGUCUCCAACAGUCUCCCCCCAAGAAGAGUGGUGACUUCACUGAAUAGCUGCAGAAGGUUAUACAAAUCCUCUUAUUCUCUGGAAAAAUACUAGAAAAGUGACUGUUCACUUUGGACACCUGCUAUGCUGCCAAAAGACUAUUCCCUAGAACUGUUUUGGGUUUUACUGCUACAAUUCCACAAACUCUGAAGCCAGUUUGUAUCUUUUCAGAAAGACUGUACAUAAUAUUUAAGAU